AUGGCCGGCAUCUCCAACGUUAUCUACCAGUCCAUCAUUCGCAAGAAUGCGGUCUUCCUGACCACCAUCUUCGCCGGUGCCUUCGCUUUCGAGCUCUCCUUUGACACCUUCUCCAACAAGGUUUGGGAUUCCUGGAACGCCGGUCGCCAAUGGAAGGACAUCAAGCCCCGUUACCUCGUCCAGGCCGAGGAGGAGGAUGAUGAUUAA